AUGGGGUCUGGCAGGUUCAAUAUUACCAAACUAUCUUUUAAGGUGGACUCGUCUCUUUUCAUCGUGGCAUUUACACUAUUGAACAUCUCACACAAAGCUCGAGUUAGUGUCAAAUUGGUUUCAGAGGCUGGCGUUGGUAUUGUUUCUGCAGGGGUGGCUAAGGGAGGUGCAGAUCACGUUACUAUUUCUGGACAUGAUGGUGGUACAGGAGCAAGCAGUUGGACGGGAAUAAAGCAUGCUGGUCUUCCUUGGGAACUUGGUGUUUCUGAAACUCAUCAAGUUUUGACAAUGAAUGAUUUACGCUCCCGCAUUGUACUUCAAGCUGAUGGACAAAUAAGAACUGGUCGUGAUGUGAUGGUUGCAGCUUUGCUAGGUGCAGAUGAAUACGGCAUGUCUACAGCACCUUUGAUCGUUCUUGGAUGUACAAUGAUGCGAAAAUGCCAUUUAAAUACAUGUCCAGUUGGAAUAGCUACUCAUGAUCCCGUUCUACGAGCAAAAUUUGAUGGAAAGCCAGAACAUGUCGUUAAUUAUAUGUUUAUGGUAGCCGAAGAUGUUCGUUAUUUUCUUUCGAAAUUGGUAUUGCGAGAAGUGAGGGAAUCUGUUGGAAGAGUUGAUUUACUUUAUGCGGUUCCACAUCCGAUGAACAACAAAGCAACCUUUCUAGAGUUUGCUCAAAUUUUGCAUAAAGUUUCCUUGCAAUUCCCGCAGAUCAAUAUAAAAGGUGGAUCGAUAAAACAGCUGCAUGAAUGUAAUGAUUUGGAAACUGAUAUAAUAGAAAAGGAACAAUUAAUUAAAUUCUUUGAUAACUCUUCAAAAGUUAAACACAUCAAAGAAAGAAUAAUAGGUAAUACAAACCCCUGUUUUGGUGUUCGACUUACCUACGAGAUUUUUAUUCUUUAUGGAGAAGAAAGGUUGCCUGAGGGGCAUUUAUUGGCACUUAAUCUGGAAGGAGCUGUUGGGCAAAGUUUUUGUGCUUUUUUGGCAAAAGUAUUCACUGUCAGAUUGGAGGUGCAUUUCUGGUGGUAA